AUGCCUGCCUUUAACGCCAUCAACCUCGAGCCCGAGGAGAAUGUGGACGAUGAGGUCGAUACCACGCGCGAGCUACACCUCGAAGAGGCCCUGAAGCGCUUCCAGGCCGCCCUCCGCCUCCAUGCCCUCGGCCCGCGCCACUAUGCAGAGGCCGAGGACGCCUAUCAAGCCCUGUUCGACUCUGACAUCUUCAAGUAUCCCGAUGCCGCCACCGAGUUCGACCGCGCCGAGCGCCAGUCCGACUCCCAGAACCACCUGCCGCUCGACCCCCUCUUCGCCCAGUCCCUCGAGGCUGCCCAGCCCGACGUCGAUGGCGGCGUGAGCAGCUUGCCCCAGACUCUGUACAUCUCCCACAAGAACCAUGGGCAGUUCCUCCUGGACGGCAUCAGACACGAGGCGAGAUCGGACGGCCAGGCCGUCUUUGCGCGCAACGACGUUCUGCAAAGAGCCGCCAAGGCACUCCACGAUUUCAGCGCCGCCCUGGACUACGACCCCGCCGACGCCGAGCUGUGGAGGAGGGCCGCCCGCGUCGCUGCCUUUCUCGGCAGCACCAGGACGAGUCGCUACUGCCUGGAAGCUGCCAUAGAGCUCGACGACGAUCCCGCCGUCGACGAGGUCGAGCCCCCGUCCCUGGCCGAGGGCUUCGCCGGCGAGGAGUUGAAGGACCAGCUCAAGGUGUUGGACGACCAGGUCGCCAUGUCUCAUCCCAUCAUGGCUCCUUAUACCCAGCGCUCCAUGCCCGACUACCUAAAGAAGUACUCGGACCCCGUCCCAUUCUUGCCCAAUCCCACCAAGACGCUGGCAACGCCAUCCAUGCUCCUUCCUGCGAAGGAUGGUGUGGCGGCACCCGUCUUGCAGGUUCAAGGACCAACCUGGGCCGAACUGGGUAUGGCCCUGGUACAUGCCGUGGCGGUUGAUGGUGUUUCUGCCGGUGCCGUCAUCUUCCAACUUCCAGAGAUUCCCGACACCCCCGAGCCAGUUGAACAGCAGCUGGUCGCGCGACCAAAAUCAGCAGCAUUGGAUGGGGCGGACAAGGCGGGUGCGGCCAAGGACGACGCUGCCAAUGUAUCGCAGGACGAAGCUGUGGCAUCCCCAGCCGAAGCUCCUGCCGACAACGCCAAGACGGAGAGGAGUGGCUCUGUCAUGUCGAGAAAACGCUCCCAGUCUGCUGCCGGCAUCCAGGAUGCCGAGACCGAGGAGGUGGUAGAGAAGCGGAGCAAGCGGACCCGUCGCAGGGAAACUGCUGCAGAGGAGUCUUUGGACACCCAGACUCACUAUGCCGCCCAGCUGGAGCCAUUUCAGGCUGCCGACAAGACCCUGUUCCAGACUACUAGGAAUAUGGCAGAGAACUUGGGCAUCACAGACAAGCGAAUGCUCGACUCCGUUGCCGAAAUGGUGGAGCUCUCCGCUCUCGAGCAUCGUACCGCCAAACUUACCCAGGCACCGAUGAUUGAUCUCCGGGACAGCCUGGUCAAGUUUGACGAGGAGACCGCCCGGGUCCUCUUGACGAAGCCCGAGACGGCGGCCAUCGGCUUCUCUUCGUUCUUGGAGCAUGCGAAGCCCGGGUCGCAGCUAAAGACCGAAACACCCCAGUUUGAUGAGACGAAAAACCUCAAGGCAUUUGCGCAGAGGGUUGCCGACGAGGAAAUGGGCAUCCCAGAUAUUGCCUUCGAAUGGGUUAAGAAUGUGACUCGGUAUUACGCGGGCACGAAGUGGUCAGAUCAGAUGAAGACUGCUGUGGUCCAAGUCAUAAGUCAUUUGGAUGAGGAUAUCUACCAUCGUGUGGAAUAUGAGCUACAACACUGGCAGUCCGCGAGAAACCCUGAAGAAACCCGCCAUUCUUUGGACCGGAUGAUCCAGACACUUUUUGAGCUUCACUUGGAUGUAUACGAAAGGAUCACGAAUCCUAACAGCGCCGUGGACUUCGGCAUCCGGGUUGAAACCAAGGGAAGGUUGGGCCGCUGGUUCUCCCUUGCCUCGCGGAUGAGCAGGGACCGGCCCGCCGAGUCUGACAAGAGUCUCUCUGUCAGAUUUCUUUGGGCUGCCGUCUUCUCCGUGACCCUCACGGAGGGGGUAUCUAGGGAACACGUGCUUCAGUGCUGGCAGAGCCUUCGUGACAACCUAGCCACCGACUUUGUCGGCGUCACCAUAGGUCUGCCUAACAACGCCAUCAUGCCCGAGAUUUCCAUCUUCGCAGCCGACCGGGAGAUCAGCAAGCUCACCACAAUGGACUUCUUCCUUGGCCUAUUCCAAGAUGAUCUAAGCGACCCCGUCGGCGUCAUUGACAGCCUAGAGCCAGUAUUAAACCCCUCUGCCGUGUGUGCCGCUGAACAAGAGCCGCAGACACCUAGCUCCCCAACACCAAGCGCGCAGCUGCGAUCGCCCCCACCAGAUUCGGAUCAGGAGCCACUGCCCAUCACGGAGACGGCGUCCCAAGGCUUGCGCGAUCUGUGGAAGUUUCUGCUUGGGGCCAGCACCGAACUGAGGCUGUUCCUGUGGACACGCCUAGGGGAGGCUUACAAGGCUAUUGAAUACCCUACAAAAGUCUUUUCUUGCUAUCUCAAGGGAAUCGAGAUGGUUGUGGCCGACUUUGAGCGGGAUCCAUACAUUGGUAUGCCCGUAGAGGAGCGACGCCCUUUGUUCUUCAAGAUGCUGAAGUUCAUUGAUGAUCUGUUGGUCAAGUCACUCUCGCUUGCUCUCAAUGAGUCGACUGCGUUCGACAUCAUUGAUGACGAGCAUCUGAAGUCGAGUAUCGCAGCUUUGGUCAGGCUAAGCUGCAUUCUGCACACCUCUCCCAUGUUCGAAGACGAGGUUCGGGUGGGGAUGGGUUCGGCCCCUUCUGGCAACGCAACCUUCUCCUCCUUCUUCAAUAGAUUACGAGAACUACAAGCCAGGAAUUGGUCGCUCUUGUAUACUCUCUUGAAGACAGGUGUACAUCAGAACAAGUCCAUAUUCACCGCCCCUGAGACCGACCUCGCUGAUUAUCUUGCUGCCGUGCACCAAGUCCUGGGCUUGAGGAAAUGCUGCAAGGCGUCCAACAAGAUCUUUCUCAAGAUGAUGCGGGUGGAGCUGCUGAAGCAGAACCUUGUCGACAACUGGGAAGACUACUUGGGUCAGGUGCUGUAUGAUCUCUAUGGCCUCAAAGGGAUCGGGGCCUGGGAGGUCCAAGACCAUGGUUGCGCACCGGAGAAGCUGGAAAGACGCAACACCAUGGCCCUGGUCGAGAAGGUCGCUGUCCUGGCCAACAACAUGCCCAUGAAAGAUCUCCUCAAGUCCGACCUGAAGACCACCAUCGAGACGAUGCAGCAAGCGAUUGGCCAGACCAAGUCCAAUCAGCAGACGAUCCACAACCUCAGGAACUUCACCGAAUACCUCCGGAGGCCCAUUCACCCAUUGAAGCUGUACCAAGCGCUUAAAGGCAACGUCACCAUUGAUGCCGUCGCCGUGACCACGCCAGACAGCAUCUUGGCCCACCAUCAGUGGUUCUUCCUCCUUGGCAUGAUCGCAUUCUGCAAAUUCAAGGGAGUCGACCUGAACCGGAGGCAGACUCCUGGUGCUACUGACGAUCUUCGCAUCGGUGCGACUUUUCUGCGCCAGCAACUUCAAUUCACGCCGGAUCAGUGGGAUGCUUGGUUCCGACUCGCUGAGUGUUUUGAUUAUGAACUCGACGAAUCUGUUCUGUGGUCAGCCGACAAGAUGAAUAAGGAGAGAGCAGAGCUGGUUAAAUACCAACGCAAUGCCAUACACUGUUAUGCUCUUGCCCUCUCCAAUUCGCGAAAUGUGGGUGCAGGCCCUAACUCUGAAGGUGAAGCUUUGGAGGCGAUACACGAGCUCUAUCACAAGUUUGCGAUGCGCAUGUAUGCGUCCAGCCGUGAGCCGUUUGAUAUGGAGCCGUUCAAGCACUCAGAUCAAGAAAGAUUCUUCAUUCAGAACAUGGGCGCCGGCACCUUCAAGAGAAAAAUUCACGAGGAAAUGGAAGAUUAUAAAGUCUGGAAGUAUGCGGCGACACUGUUCAAGAAGGCCAUGACCAUCAAACCUAAGGAGUGGAAGAACUCAUACAUGCUUGCGAAACAAACCCGUCCCACGCUGGAGAAGGUUAUUGCAGCACUUGAGGAUUCCAUCAAGAUCGUCGCCGCACUACCCAAGCCGCGGUCAGGAGAACAGAUUCUGGAACCCCACUACAAGAUUGUGUCUGUAGUGCACAAGCUGGUCACUCGCAAAGACCUAGAGCCCCAGGCGGGGGCGGACAUUCUCCAGCGGCAACCGCUCGCUAUCAGGAAGGGCGCGCCUGUGGAAGUGAAGGAGGUUGCCGAGUGGGAACCCUUCGUGACUGAAACGUUGCAGCACUUGAAGGAAAAGGAUAAGUCCAACUGGCAGCACCGUAUUAUAAUGCGCCAUGCUCGCAUACUCUUUGACGACCAGGCUGAAAACCCUGACCCUAUAGAGGCUCUGGCUGCCUUUACAGUUCUCCAGAAAUCCAUGUUCACAAAGACGAUGGUCAUGAACGUGUGGAAGUGCGAUGCAGAGCGUCCUGGUCGGCAUCAUGUCUACACGGAGCAGUAUAUACGGUUCAUGGUCAAGAUCCUGGUCGUCCUCAAGGACCGUACUAACUUUGAGGCCCUGCUGCGACGCAUUCGCAAGAAGGGAGCCGACUUUUAUCAUUUCAACGACCUCUGGCAAAGCUGCUGCGUGGCCUAUCUUAGGCUGAUACGCGCUCAUUUCAAGAUUGAGCACGUCCUCGAGGAUGGGUUUAAGAACAUUUCCCCCGAGGAGUUUGAGAUCAUUGCGGAGCGUAUUAAUGAGUGGUCUGGCGACGCGACAGCUACCGCCAGCACCUCGGCGUUUGGCGCAUUGAAAGAAGCCAUCGAGCUGAAGAAGCUCAGCUCAGGUGUCAUGAAAGCCGGCGCGAUUGACGAUCUGAUCACGGACUGCUACACUGCCCUGUACCAGGAGAUUGGCACGUCGUUACCCGGUGCUGCACCUUCGACACUCAUCCAAGAGCGAGCAGAUGCAAAGGUUCGUGAUGGAGAGAAGCAAGCCGCGGAAGAGGCAGCAGAGAAGCCCACCAACCCAUUCAGCAGUAUCCUGAAUCCACAGUCGGUGGAAACCUCUGGAACUGAAGCUGGGGGCGCCGCUCCGCCUGCCCAGGAAGGCACGGUGCGCCAACGACGGGCUGGAGUCAGGAGGCCGGACAUUCUACGCAAAGCGGAACAAGCUGUCGCCCGCGCCAUCGAAGGUCCAGCUAAGCCCCCGAGCGGCAAGUCACUCCGUGGCUCUGUUUCCAGCGGCAAGACACGAGGUAGCAACACCCCUGUCGCCGAGGAUGGCAAAGAGGGAGAUGACGUUGAGAUGAAGGAUGAAGCGGAUGAAGGAGAAGAGAGCAGUGCGCCUGGAAGCGUCCAUGACGAUGCAGAUGACGAGAGUGACCUUAGCGAUGUACCAGCGUCGGAGCUGCUGGACGAAGAAGAGGCAGAGCUUAUGUUUCCGGGACUCAGAAGAAGUGUUGAUGAUACCGCGGAAGAUGAGAAUGCAGACGAAGAGAGCGGCGAGGAGGGAGGCGACGAAGAGGAUGGAGAAGAGGAUGAAGCCGAAGAAAAUGAUGAAGACGUUCCGAAUGACGACGAACCAGAAGGGGAGUCCGAAGGAGGCGAAGACGAAGAGAUGGAGGAUGCAGAAGACGGAGAAGGAGAGGAGGAUGGCCUCGAGGACCAGCCCGACGAUGUCGAUGAGGAAGUCGCCUCAGAGGACGAUCCAGAGGAGGUCAUAGCAGAUGCCAUCGAGGCCGCAUUGCCUGGGCAGAGAAGAGCAUCGCCAAGCGGAUAG